ACCCAGCUGUAACAAAUGUAAAUUCUGAAGUGGACAGGAGGUGUAUCCAGGAAAUGUACAGAGUUUCUGAAGCAGAAAGAGUUUGAAAGCAGAAGUGCAGCCAGAUUUUUAAGAGCAGCACUGAUUUUACAGAGACCUGGAGAACUCAGACGAGGUGGUGACUGGCAUCAUACUGAAUACAAGCAGGUUAAUGCUGACAGUACUGAGGGAACUCUGAGCUCGGGAGACUGACCACAGGGAGGCUGAACCUGGUACCCUGAAGGAUCAGUGAGUGGGUCUGUGCAGAGCUUCCAGUGAGUGUGGGCUCUGGCUGCAGAAUCUCAGUCCUGACUGUGCUUGGGGAGUUGGAGGGCAGGCGGCUGACCUUUCUUCGGACGGUCCGAGCCCCGGGCUAGCAAAGAUGUGGUGGUUCCAGCAGGGGAUGAGCUUCCUUCCAGCCGCACUGGUCAUCUGGUCAGCUGCUGCCUUCGUCUUCUCCUUCAUUACAGCCGUCCUGCUCCGACACGUCGACCCUCUGGUGCCUUACAUCAGUGACACUGGCACAACUCCACCUGAACGAUGUGUGUUUGGGAUCAUGCUGAGUAUUUCUGCCUUCUUAGGUGUUAUGACCAUGUACGUACGGUACAAACAGGUGGAGGCUCUAAACCAGGAGGAUGAGCGCACCAUCUUUAAACUGAAUCGGUUGGGCUUUGUGUUGGGCCUCAUCAGCUGCCUGGGACUCUGUAUCGUGGCAAACUUCCAGAAAACCACGAUAAUUCAAGCCCAUGUCACAGGAGCUGUGAUGACAUUUGGGAUAGGGAUUAUUUACCUGCUGCUGCAGACCAUUAUAUCCUACAAGAUGCAGCCACUCACCCAUGGCAUUGGAAUCUUCUGGAUUCGUUGUGUGCUUUUAAUCUGGUGUGCAGGAAGCAUCAUCAGCAUGUUUAUCUCCUCUGUCACUCUCUACACAACAAUCCCAACCAUUGACAUGGCAAAGAAGCUCCACUGGAACCCUACAGAUAAGGGCUACACAUUGCAUUUGGUCAGUACGAUCUCGGAAUGGUCUCUCGCCUUUUCCUUCCUCUGCUUCUUCCUGACUUAUAUCCGAGAUUUUCAGAAGAUCACCUUGCACGCUGAAGUGGAUUUGCACAGUGAGACUCUAUAUGACAGACUCCCAGGGCACACGCACAUUGGAGAGCAUAGUCCACUCCUUGCAGGGAGCCUGUGAUUUGUGAACACAGCACCAGCCCCUCACCACGGGUUAUCCUUCCAACCAGCCUGAAGUGCCCAGCCUCUGCCCAACAGCUCGGCUGUUUUAAUUUGACUUUUUUAACCAAUUUUUAUAUCACAGGUGAAUUGUGAAUGCUUGUAAUUUUUAGGAUAUUAAUUAGAAACGAGUUUAGAGUUUAAUUAUGAACAAAAUGUAAUAACUAUUAGACUGCUGAUGUUUCUAACACUGUGCUUGGAGAGGCAUUUUCAGCUGACUAGGCCACAGACCAUGAUGCUUUGCAGCAGAGGAGACUUCUGUUGGGCUAAACAAGUGGCCUCACCAACCCUGAUUGGCCAGAAUUAAUGAAGAACAUCAAAGGAGUGCACAAAAAAGUAUGAUUUAAGGGGACAUGGGUCAGUAAUUCUACAGAGAGAUGCAAGGAGAAAUACAGGGAGCAUCUGCCUAGUUGCCUGGCAACUGCCUGGAAUGGUGUUUGUCAUCAUCUUUCAUACCCUGAGGUCUGGUGUGUUGGUUGCUGAUGGUUACUUAAUAACCUGUGGAAUGACAGGGUGAAGGAGGAACAGAAUUUAUGAACACAAAUCUCAAACUGGCCUUGUGACAAUUGGCUGGAUUGAGAACAGCAGCUUCAGGCCCUGCCAAUUACCAUGGAGAGACAUUCCAACCCUCCAGGAUGAAUAUUGUCAGCCCUGAUUUUCAAAUAGAGUUUAAUUAUCGUCAUCAUGCAGUAAAAAUUAAUUUGUUAACUGAGA